UUCAGCCUGACACUGCCAGCAAGCAGCAUUAUCAGACAUAAUUUAGGACCCUGGGAACCUGCUCUGAGGGAUGGGGAGGAACCUGCUCUGAGGGAUGGGGAGGAACCUGCUCUGAGGGAUAGGGAGGAACCUGCUCUGAGGGAUGGGGAGGAACCUGCUCUGAGAGAUGGGGAAGGAACCUGCUCUGAGGGAUGGGGAGGAAAGGGGAGUGUAUACACAGGCUGGAGAGAGGAUCCUGCUCUGAGAGGUGAGGAACCUGCUCUGAGAGGUAAGGAACCUGCUAUAAGAGAUGAGGAACCUGCUCUGAGAGUUGAGGAACCUGCUCUGAGACUUGAGGAACCUGCUCUGAGAGGUGAGGAACCUGCUCUGAGAGGUGAGGAACCUGCCUGGAGAUGUAAGGGACCUGUUCGGAGAGGUAAGGGACCUGUUCGGAGAGGUAAGGAACCUGCUCUGAGAGGUAAUGAACCUGCUCUAAGGGUUGGGAACCUGCUAUAAGAGGUAAGAAACCUGCUCUGAGGGAUGGGGAGGAAAGGUGAUGGUAUACACAGGCUGGAGAGAGGAUCCUGCUCUGAGAGGUAAGGGAUGGUGUAGCUGUACUGGAGCUACAGUACCUGGAGGGGGAUGCUACACAGGCUGGAGAGAGGAUGCUACACAGGCUGGAGAGAGGAUGCUACACAGGCUGGAGAGAGGAUGCUACACAGGCUGGAGAGAGGAUGCUACACAGGCUGGAGAGAGGAUGCUACACAGGCUGGUUUAAGUGGUGGUGGUAUUAACACUUGUGUAGGUGGACUGAGAGUGAAGUCAAGUCCUUUUUUGUACCAACUAGGUGAGGUUUGUUCCCACCCCAUCUGUUUAUGUAUUUACUUUUUGUUAUUUCUGAUUCAAUAUGUUCUGUGUUUUUGACUAUCUGCAAAUUAACUUAACUAUCCUAAAUGUGUGUGUUUGAGCAUGAUUGUGUGUGAAAGUAUGUAUGUGUGAGUGAUGCGCGUGUGUAUGCGAUUGUGUGUGUAUGCUUAUAUGCGUGUGCAUGUGUGUGUACCUGAUCUCGUUAGGGGUCUCCUCCUCCUCGUAUUUCUUCUUCUCCUUCUUGCGGAACACCAGCCAAAUGAUGAGAAUGAUGAGGAGGACGCCGAAGGACACGCCCACCACGGCGCCCGCCACCACACCCAUGCCCCGCACAUCUGAAAUGUACACAAAGAAAGUGAUAGCUAUUACUGUCCUACAUAUCAUCUUUGGUAACAUUAAUGGGGUUAUAAUAUGAGACAGUGUGUAUGUAGGUGUUGGUUAUAGCCUGGGCUACUCACAGUGCACUUUGACCUCUACGGUGCAGCUCUCCUCUCCCACAUCGUUGCUGGCGGUACAUUUAUACACCCCAGCACUGUCCUUGGUCAGGUUCCUCAGUGUCACUAUCUCGGAGUUCUUCAAAUCUUACACGAGAACAGGACAAGGUCAAAUCCAAUCCAAUUUUAUUUGUCACAUGCUUCAUAAACAACAGGUGUAGACUAAGGCUGAGAUAUUGUAUUUUUUGGUAUUUUAUUAGGAUCCCCAUUAGCUGUUGCAAAAGCAGCAGCUACUCUUCCUUGGGUCCACACAAAACAUGAAACAUUACAUAAUACAGAACAUUAAUAGACAAGAACAGCUAAAGGACAGAACUACAUAAACAUUUUUAUCAAACUACAUACAUUCAAUCAGAUCAAGCGUUAACCGGCGAUAGCAGACAGCCACAUACUGUAGCGAGUGUUUUGGUGGUGUUGGAGGUGGAACUGUGUUGGAGCUGUCAAAUCGGUGAGCAGCUGCUCUUGUGAUCAUUGUCACGAAGCCACACCCGCCCCACUCACGUUAGAAGUUCAGAACGAGAAAGUGUAGGGUGUAUAGAAAUAAUUACACCUCAAAUUGAAAAAUCAUUAAACAAAUUAAUGAGGAUUUUUAUCAUCAUAAUGGAGGUGUAGAUUACAUCUCACAUUCCAAUGUUAGAACUUGUAAACAAGGCUGCAUGGAAUUUCUGUUAAUGUGACUCCGUGCAGCCAAUGGUAAUGUCCGCUUUAGGUAUAAUGCCAGGAGCCGCUUGUGGAUUUGACAACUCUAACACAAUUCCACCUCCGAAACCGCCAAAAGAACCGCUAUGCGGAUGUCGGCUAAAGCAGAUCUGAUUGAAUAGAGUCCUAACAGUGAAAUGCUUACUUACGGGCUCCUUUCCAACAAUGAAGAGUUAAGAUAAGAAAUAGAAAUAGUGACAUGAGGAAUAAAUACACAGUGAAUAUCGAGUAAAAAUAACAUGGCUAUAUACAGGGAGCACCAGUACCGGGUCGAUGUGCAGGGGUACGAGGUAACUAAGGUAGCUAUGUACAGUACAUAUUGGUAGGGGUAUGAAAAAUGUAUGCACUCACUAACUGUAAUUCGCUCUGGAUAAGAGCGUCUGCUAAAUGACUAAAAUGUUUUAAAAAAAGUCAAAUGUAGGGGUAAAGUGGCUAAACAACAGGAUAGAUAAUAGACAGUAGUAGCAGCGUGUGAGUGUGUGUGUGGUGUCAGUAUACGUGUGUGUGUGUUAUGUGUGUGUGGGCGUAUGUAUUGUAUGUGUGUGUUGGGAUGUCGGUGUAAGUAUGCGUGAGUGUGUGGGUAGUAGUGUCAGUGCAAGAGAGUUGGUGCAAAAAAGGGUCAAUGUGGGUAGUCUGGGUAGCCAUUUGAAUAGUUAUUUAGCAGUCUUGUUUAGCAGUCUUAUGGCUUGGGGGUAGAAGCUGUUCAGGGUCCUGUUGGUUCCAGACUUGGUGCACUGGUAUCGCUUGCCGUGCAGUAGCAACGAGAACAGUCUAUGGUUUGGGUGACUGGAGUCUUUGACAAUUGUUUGACACCGCCUGGUGUAGAUGUCCUGGAUGGCAGGGAGCUCGGCCCUGUACUCCCCACCCUCUGUAGCGCCUUGCGGUCGUGUGGCUUGCAGUUGCCAUGCCAAGCGGUGAUGUAGCCAGUCAAGAUGCUCUCAAUGGUGCAGCUGUUAAACAUUUUGAGGCCCAUACCAAAUCUUUUCAACCUCCUGAGGGGGAAGAGGCGCUGAGGUGCCAUCUUCACAACUCUGUGGGUGUGUGUGGACCAUGUUAAUUCCUUAGUGAUGUGGACACAGAGGAACUUGUAGCUCUCGACCCACUCCACUACAGCCCCAUUGUUGUGGAUGGGGGCGUGCUCGCCCCUCCGUUUCCUGUAGUCCACGAUCAGCUCCCUUAUCUUGCUGGCGUGGAGGGAAAGGUUGUUGUCCUGGCAUCACACUGCCAGGUCUCUGACCUCCUCCCUAUAGGCUGUCUCAUCGUCGUCUGUGAUCAGUUCUACCACUGUUGUGUCAUCAGAAAACGUAAUGAUGGUGUUGGAGUCGUGGGUGAACAGGGAGUACAGGAGGGGACUAAGCACACACCCCUGAGGGGCCCCCAUGUUGAUGGUCAGCGUGGCGUAAGUGUUGUUGCCUACCCUCACCGCCUGUGGGAGGUCAGUCAGGAAGUCCAGGAUAUAGUGCGGUACAGUGAUUGUGAUGCAAUUUUAAGUUUUUUUUCAACUAUCAAAUCCAGAAACACUAUUGCAGGUGAUGGUUAUGUGGAGUGUUUGAACUUUGAACAUUCAUCGAAUACAUAAAAUUUGAUAUUUUAAGAAAAAUGGUGAUAGCUAACAAUGGAAAUAAAGUUAAACUAAUUCAGAGUGACCAAACCAUGAUCGAAACCAUGGUGUCUCUUUUACAUGUUACUGCAAGGUCACUUUCAUAUUGUUUCUUUGGAUGUGUGACUCAGUUGGUAGAGUAUGGUGCUUGCAACGCCAGGGUUGUGGGUUCGUAUUCCCGUGGGGGACCAGUAUGAAAACUACUGUAAGUCACGCUUGAUAGUAGCGUCUGCUAAAUGACUAAAAAAUUGUAAAUGUAAAAAAUGAGUAGUACUGUUCCCUGUUAUAGACUGCUUUUUGGACCAGUCAUUUGCCCAAUCCCAAAUCAACCUCUAGCCCCUACACUUUAGGCACUUUUUGUAGAUCUGAUUGGAUUCAAUAAGUAUCUGCAAUUGUCACGGUUUCGGCCGAGGCGGCUCCUCCUCCUUGUUCGGGCAGGUUUCGCCGGUCGUCGUCUCCGGAGUACUAGCUGCCACCGCUCUAUGUUUCUUGUUUGAUUGGUUUUGUCUGUUAGUCACACCUGUUUUGUGUUAUGUCUCAUUUAGCACCCUAUUUAGUUUCCUUGUUGUUAGUUUAGUGUUGUGUGUAAUUGUUCGUGUCGUGUUGUUGCGCUACCCGUGUCGGUACGCUAUUUUCAUAGCUUCCUCCUUGUGUUAGGAGAGUAUUUUCGCACCUGUGUGUGCGCUCGCUAUUUUACGCCUGUGUGCGUCUUUUUGCCUCCGGGCUGUUUGGAUAAUUUUUUGUGUGCUCUAGUAAAGUCUUGUUGGACUUAUCCUCUGCUUCCUGCGCCUGAUUCUACACCACACCAAUCCACAGCAACGUGACAGAAUUACACACCUUACAUGGAAUCAGCAGGAGCACCCGUCGACAUCAUGGAGGAGCGUCUCCUUGGUCAAGAGCACCGGAUCAACCAGAUCGGGCACGCCUUGGAGGGCGUCAUGGACACCCUUCGUCGAUGGGAAACCAGCGGGGUCCCCACAGCCCCACCUAUCGCACCAUCACCACCGGACAGCCAGCCCGUCCAUCGACCGGAACCCAGUGGGAUUCGGCUCUCGCUCCCGAGGGCGUACGACGGCACCGCUGCCGGGUGUCAGGGGUUCCUCUUACAAGUGGAGCUCUACCUUGCCACCAUACACCCGGCGCCCUCGGAAUACGAGAGCGUUUCCGCCCUCAUCUCCUGUCUCACCGGCAAGGCGUUGGAGUGGGCCAACGCCGAAUGGAGGGGAAUAGACGCCGCCACAGUCACCUAUGUGGAGUUCUCCCGCCGCUUCCGUGCAGUCUUCGACCAUCCACCAGAGGGGAAGGCGGCGGGGGAGCGUCUAUUCCACCUCCGACAGGGGAUGAGGAGCGCUCAAGAGUUUGCGCUGGAGUUCCGGACUCUAGCGGCUGAUGCUGGGUGGAAUGAGAGGGCCCUCAUAGACCACUUUAGAUGUAGCCUUCGGGAGGACGUCCGCAGGGAGUUAGCAUGCAGGGACACUACACUAACAUUUGACCAGCUGGUGGACAUGGCCAUUCGACUGGACACCCUGCUUGCGACCCGCGGACGUCCCAGGUGGGGGCCUCCCAUUCCACCCUCCAGCGCCUCCGAGCAGAGUCCGAUGGAGCUUGGAGGUGCUGGCGCUAGAGGGAGAAGAGGUAGGAGCCCGAGGGGGGCAGUCUCCUGCACCAAGUGUGGCCGCGGAGGGCACACCGCGGCUAGGUGCUGGGGAGGGUCCCCUGGUGAGGGAGAUGGCAGGUCAUACAGUGGGGAGUCCUCCCAGGUGAGUAGGCGCCCUACUUACCCAGAGCUUUUUGUCGUACACAUUACAUUACCUGUUUGUUUCCCACAGGUUGCACCUCGUUCCCAGCAUAAGGCGCUAGUCGAUUCAGGCGCAGCUGGGAAUUUUGUAGAUCGGAGAUUCUGUGUUAAGUUAGGGAUUCCCCUCCUUCCAGUCGAAAAGCCCUUUCCUGUACAUGCCUUAGAUAGUCGUCCGUUAGGAUCUGGGUUGAUUGGGGAGGUCACAGCGCCACUUAGGAUGAUGACGCAGGGGGGUCAUGAGGAGACGAUUCAACUCUAUCUGAUCGACUCUCCUGCGUAUCCGGUGGUACUGGGGCUUCCCUGGUUGACUACCCAUGAUCCUACUAUUUCGUGGCGAGAGAAGGCUCUUAAAGGGUGGUCUGCUCAGUGUGAGUGGUUAUGUCUGGGUGUUUCCGUAGGGGCGACCUCGGUGGAGAGUCCGAACCAGAUGCCAGCACUGCACAUUCCUCCUGAGUAUGAGGAUUUGGCGCUCGUGUUUAGUAAGACCGGAGCGGCACGGUUGCCACCUCAUAGACAGGGGGAUUGUGCGAUAGACCUCCAGACAGGAGCCGCGCUUCUGCGGAGCCAUGUGUAUCCUUUGUCACAGGAGGAGAAAAGGGCAAUGGAAACUUACAUUGCCGAGUCUCUGAGACAGGGAUACAUACGGUCCUCCACUUCUCCCGCGUCCUCGAGCUUCUUUUUUGUGAAGAAAAAGGAUGGAGGUUUGCGUCCGUGUAUUGAUUACCGCGGUCUCAAUCAGGUAACUGUGAAAUAUAGUUAUCCACUCCCGCUGAUUGGGACCAUGACGGAGUCAUUACACGGGGCACGGUUCUUCACAAAAUUGGACCUCAGGAGCGCAUAUAACUUGGUGCGCAUUAGGGAGGGCGAUGAGUGGAAGACAGCAUUUAGUACUACCUCCGGCCAUUACGAGUAUCUCGUCAUGCCAUAUGGGUUAAUGAAUGCUCCAUCAGUCUUCCAAUCGUUUGUAGAUGAAAUUUUCCGGGACAUGCAGGCGCAGGGAGUAGUGGUGUACAUAGAUGAUAUUCUUGUGUACAGUUCUACUCGGGCCGAGCAUGUAGCCCUGGUGCGCAGGGUAUUGAGGAGACUGUUGGAGCAUGACCUGUAUGUCAAAGCUGAGAAAUGUCUGUUCUUUCAGGAGUCAGUUUCCUUUUUGGGUUACCAGUUGUCUGCGUCAGGGGUGAGAAUGGAGGUGGACCGAGUGGCAGCCGUGCGUAAUUGGCAAACCCCAACUACGGUUAAAGAGGUGCAGCGGUUCUUGGGUUUUGCGAAUUACUACCGGAGGUUUAUCCGGGGUUUUGGACAGGUGGCAGCUCCCAUAACGUCUCUUCUGAAGGGGGGUCCGGUGCGCUUGCAGUGGUCGGCUGAGGCGGACAGGGCCUUUGGGAGACUGAAGGACCUGUUUACCUCGGCUCCGGUGUUGGCGCACCCGGAUCCCACUUUACCCUUCCAAGUUGAGGUGGACGCGUCUGAGGCCGGUAUCGGGGCAGUUCUUUCUCAACGAUCCGGUACACCACCUAAGCUCCGCCCCUGUGCUUUUUAUUCUAAGAAGCUCAGUCCGGCGGAGCGGAAUUAUGACGUAGGGGACAGGGAGCUGUUAGCCGUAGUACAGGCCCUAAAGGUGUGGAGGCAUUGGCUUGAGGGGGCUCAGCACCCUUUCCUCAUUCUGACCGACCAUCGUAACCUGGAAUACAUUCGGGCAGCUAGGAGACUGAAUCCUCGCCAGGCUCGAUGGACUAUGUUUCUCGCCCGGUUUGUGUUCAAGAUCACUUACAUCCCUGGGUCCCAGAACGGGAAGGCAGAUGCUCUGUCCCGUCGGUAUGACACGGAGGAGAGGUGCGUGGAGUCCAUCCCCAUACUACCGGAGUCUUGUCUGGUGGCACCGGUGGUGUGGGAGGUCGAUGCGGAGAUCGAGCGGGCGUUACGCACCGACCCUAGUCCUCCACAGUGUCCGGUGGGUCGGGCGUACGUCCCGCUCGAGGUCCGGGAUCGGCUGAUUUAUUGGGCUCACACGUCCCCCUCCUCUGGACAUCCAGGUAUUGGCCGGACAGUGCACUGCCUUAGUACGAAGUACUGGUGGCCAACGUUAGCCAGGGAUGUGAGGGUUUAUGUCUCCUCCUGCUCAGUGUGUGCCCAGUGUAAGGCGCCCAGACACUUGCCCAGGGGUAAAUUACAGCCCCUGCCCGUUCCACAACGACCCUGGUCUCACCUCUCGGUGGAUUUUGUUACCGAUCUUCCCUCCUCACAGGGGAAUACCACCAUCCUGGUCGUUGUGGAUCGGUUCUCGAAGGCCUGUCAUCUCCUUCCCAUGCCGGGUCUUCCUACUGCCCUACAGACCGCUGAGGCUCUAUUUACUCACGUCUUCCGGCAUUACGGGGUGCCCGAGGAUAUAGUGUCCGAUCGAGGCCCCCAGUUUACCUCCAGAGUCUGGAGAGCAUUUAUGGAACGUUUGGGGGUCUCGGUGAGCCUUACCUCGGGUUACCACCCGGAGAGUAAUGGGCAGGUUGAACGAGUCAACCAGGAUGUGGGUAGGUUUCUGAGGUCAUAUUGUCAGGGCCGGCCGGAGGAGUGGGCGAGAUAUGUGCCCUGGGCCGAGAUGGCACAGAACUCUCUCCGCCACUCCUCCACUAAACUAACCCCUUUCCAGUGUGUGUUAGGGUACCAGCCGGUUCUGGCACCGUGGCAUGAGAGCCAGAUCGAGGCCCCCGCUGUGGAUGAGUGGGUGCGGCGCUCGGAGGAGACGUGGAACGCUGCACACGUCCAUCUGCAGCGUGCCAUACGUCGACAGAAGACGAGCGCCGACCUACACCGCAGUGAGGGGCCAGUGUACGCACCUGGAGAUCGAGUCUGGCUCUCAACCAGAAACCUGCCCCUCCGCCUGCCCUGCCGGAAGCUGGGUCGGCGGUUUGUGGGGCCUUUUAAAGUCCUGAGGAGAUUGAACGAGGUGUGUUACAGGUUAGAACUACCUAUUGAUUACAAGAAUAUUAACCCCUCGUUCCAUGUGUCUCUCCUCAGGCCGGUGGUAGCUGGUCCACUCCAGGACUUUGAGAUUGAGGAGACUCCUCCGCCCCCGUUGGACAUCGAGGGGGCUCCGGCGUACACUGUUCGGACCAUCCUGGAUUCGAGACGCCGGAUGGGGGGUCUCCAAUAUCUCGUGGAGUGGGAGGGGUACGGUCCGGAGGAGCGGUGCUGGGUGCCGAGGAGGGACAUUCUGGAUCCGUCCCUGAUGACCGAAUUCCAUCGUGGUCAUCCUACGCGCCCUGCUCCGCGUCCUCCUGGUCGUCCCCGAGGCCGGAGGCGGCGCGCGGCUGGAGCCGCGCGUCAAGGGGGGGGGUACUGUCACGGUUUCGGCCGAGGCGGCUCCUCCUCCUUGUUCGGGCAGGUUUCGCCGGUCGUCGUCUCCGGAGUACUAGCUGCCACCGCUCUAUGUUUCUUGUUUGAUUGGUUUUGUCUGUUAGUCACACCUGUUUUGUGUUAUGUCUCAUUUAGCACCCUAUUUAGUUUCCUUGUUGUUAGUUUAGUGUUGUGUGUAAUUGUUCGUGUCGUGUUGUUGCGCUACCCGUGUCGGUACGCUAUUUUCAUAGCUUCCUCCUUGUGUUAGGAGAGUAUUUUCGCACCUGUGUGUGCGCUCGCUAUUUUACGCCUGUGUGCGUCUUUUUGCCUCCGGGCUGUUUGGAUUAUUUUUUGUGUGCUCUAGUAAAGUCUUGUUGGACUUAUCCUCUGCUUCCUGCGCCUGAUUCUACACCACACCAAUCCACAGCAACGUGACAGCAAUGUAACAUUAGUUCUACCUUCCCCUCUGAUACACUAGGGGGAGUUUUCACUAUAUUACCUAAACUACUCAAUCCUAGUAAAUCUACAGUACACAAAUACAUAGGGCGUCGGGCUGGUGUUUGAUUUGGGAUUGGUAAACUCAGUCCUUUGCUGUAACAGAUGUGACUGGCCAGUUUCCCAGAACAGGUAGGUACAUGUAGAUAAGGGAGUGUUAUUUACUAAGAACUUGGCCGAGUCUGCAUGGGAGAAAUGACUCUACCAACACUUGUCACUAACACUAACUGGACAUGUGAACAAGGUCAAAUAAGGAUACUGGAGAUGGUAGCUUUGCAUUGAAAUUGGCCUGGCAUUCUGACACACACUUUAAUUACGUACAGUAUGCAAUUUCCAGCCCUUAAAUGGGAUCUGGAAAUUGCUCAAUUUGUUUGUUUUUCUCAAGUAGGAAAUCUUAGUUGGAGUUUGAGUCAGUGUAUGACAAAUCUGAUUUAUGACAGACUUGUCAUCAUGUCUUGAAGGCACAGGAAAUAUAUCCACACACACAGAGAGAGCAUGCAGUGGACUAAAGGGUUUACCUAUGAGGGCCAGUGGGGGCAGCUUCCCCACGUACUUGCCCUUGUCCAACAGCCUCUCCCAUUUGUAGUUUAUGGGGUCAGAGCCAUCUGUAGACUUACAGCUCAUCUUAACGUCACUACCCUCCAACAGCCUGCCCUCCAUCCAACACCGCGGCUUAGACGGCUUUACUGGGGACAGAGAGAAAGAGAGAGACAAAGACAUUUUUGUGUUAGAUAAUAACAGGUUCAUAUUUCCCACAACAUACCUUUAAAAUAAUCUUAUCCACAAAUGUUCUCGUCUUGAGUCCUUGGACUUAAAUUAAACUGUACCUAAAAUAAACCAACAGUGAUCUUGUGUAAUGGUUCAUGUUCUGUAUAAAAAAAGACUAGAAGGUACAUUAGAAGGUGUGAGUGUUGUCAGAAUGAGGGCUUCUGUAGUUCCACUGGUGUUGCUGCUGUGUGUGUCUGGGGCAUCAUGGGCUCAGGGAGAGAGGGAGGAGGGGAGUGAAGUUCACUAUGAGAGCCAGAAGACCAAAACUUCAGACAAACAGACCACCACCCAACCUGACAUCUGGACUGAGCUGAAACACCUGAGAGACAUAGUGCACAACCUGGGAACCAUCAUGGUGGAACAGAGAGUGGAGCUGGGCAUCACUAAGACUGAACUGACGUUUUAUAAAAGCCAGGUGGAGGAGCUGAAGAUGUUGAACACAGGUAAUAUGUGAGUUAUAUUUCACAAUGGGCUGAAUUCUAAAUUGAGAUCUGUGUACACCAUUCAGACUUCCAUGUAAGUCAUGCAUUGAUGUCAAUGGGAGACUUGCACAAUUAGAAUGAUACCCAUUAUGUAUGAAGUGUACCACAUACAUUCAGUCAUAUAUCAUAAUACUGACUGAAUGUUAUUUUAGCCAUGGGGACCAGACUGACAAUCAGUGAGACCAGACUGACAAUCAGUGAGAAACAAGUGAAGGAACUAAAGAGAGAGAACACAGGUUGUAAUGCAUAAUGUAGCCCAGUGUAGCUCAGUUGGUAGAGCAUGGCGCUUGCAACGCCAGGGUUGUGAGUUUGAUUCCCACGGGGGGCCAGUAUGAAAAAAUGUAUGCACUCACUAACUGUAAGUCGCUCUGGAUAAGAGCGUCUGCUAAAUGACUAAAAUGUAAAAUGUAAUACUGUAUGUUAGCUUUGAGAUAGUGUUAUAUUGACCAGCAGAAAGCCAAACAUAUCUCAUAUUAUUGGUUCUGUUUAUACAAUUACAGCACAAGCAGCAGAGCUGUCAAUUAUUUGGAACAGACUGACAAACGGUGAGAAAGAGGUGGAGGAGCUGAAGGGAGAGAAUGCAGAUAUUGUAGCUAUCCCGAAUCUUAAUAGUAGACUUGGUGGUGUUGAUCCAAUUAAGACUAAUGUAAUGGAGGCCAGGGUGACAGUCAGUGAGAGAGAGGUGGUGGAACUGAAGAGACAUAAUGCAGGAGAGAACAUAAAAAUCCUAGAACUUAGUAUGUUGUUACAAUUAUGCUCUUCAGAAACCGAUUACAAACAAGACUAAAUGAAUAAUAAUAAAAAUGUCUUCUUAAUAAAAUCCUCUUAGAUGUAAAGCCCCCUGUUUAGGGGACCUGCGUGGUUCUGGUACCGGUUCCAACUGACAUUUUGGCUUAUAAAUCGAUCUGUGGACACCGUAGAUCGAUAGCCCUGGUUCCCAUGGACACAGUAGUAUAUUUCUUUAUCCUGUGUGAUGUAGGAUGUGAAAUCUGACACCACUUGAAGCUAGGAUGUCCCUCCUACCAUUUAAUUAGCUCUUCUGACUGUCCAUCAACUCCUGGCUGAACCCUAUCUCACAGCCACUGACAAAGCACAUGCCUGAAAUCCUUACAUUUAGGUUUCAUUUUACAUUUACGUCAUUUAGCAGACGCUCUUAUCCAGAGCGACUUACAGUUAGUGCAUAGAUUUGUUUAGUUUUUUUCAUACUGGCCCCCCGUGGGAAUCGAACCCACAACCCUGGCGUUGCAAACGCCAUGCUCUACCAACUGAGCUACCUCCCUGUCGGCCAUUCCCUCCCCUACCCUGGACGACGCUGGGCCAAUUGUGCGCCGCCCCAUUGGUCUCCCGGUUGCGGCCGGCUACAACAGAGCCUGGAUUCGAACCAGGAUCUCUAGUGGCACAGCUAGCACUGCGAUGCAGUGCCUUAGACCACCACGCCACUCGGGAUUUUCAUCACUGUAGCACAUUCAGAGAUCGAUUUAUAGACAAUCUAAAAUAAUGUUUUUAACAAAAUACACUUUCUGUUUGUCAUAGAUGGACAAGAUUAAUAUGAGAUGAAAGGCGAGUUCCUAACGAGUUCAGGAAGCCAAGCUAGAGCUCUGAGACGUUCACAGCGAUGCGGGCAGAUGUUUUGAUCAAGAGAGACCUUUUGAAAAUAUGAAGAUCUUCUCUAACUAAACGUACAAAUAUGUAUUUUACAGUUAUAAGGAAGGUGAAAUCUUAUAGUUAGUGGUUUUAUAAUUUGAUUAUACUAUAUUAGAAAGCAUAUGUCAUUUCAAGCCUUAUUCAUACAGUUUUGUUGAAUAGGAAAUACAUAUUAUCAAAAUGUUUCAUAUUUUUAUCGUAUUUGUACUGUGUACUUGAGCUUGUGUCCUCAAAAGUGACUACACCUCAGCAAUUUAUAACUAUUUUUACCAGAAAGGUGAGAUUUUAACCUUUCUUCGAGUAUGCUGCAUUACUAGUUAUUGUUUAUGCCCCUCUCAUGAUAAAUAAUUACUUUUGGGGAUUACGUAGAUUACAUUUUCGAUUACAUUUAACUGGUUCUAAAUCACUUUUCUCACACUAAACAUGUUAUUACUACUUUGGUAUUAUAUACAGUAAAAUAUAUGCAAUAUUACAAGAUAUUUGUUUGAUAAUUAUCACAGACAUACUAUAUACAGUGGGGGAAAAAAGUAUUUAGUCAGUCACCAAUUGUGCAAGUUCUCCCACUUAAAAAGAUGAGAGAUGCCUGUAAUUUUCAUCAUAGGUACACGUCAACUAUGACAGACAAAUUGAGAAAAAAAAAUCCAGAAAAUCACAUUGUAGGAUUUUUAAUGAAUUUAUUUGCAAAUUAUGGUGGAAAAUAAGUAUUUGGUCACCUACAAACAAGCAAGAUUUCUGGCUCUCACAGACCUGUAACUUCUGCUUUAAGAGGCUCCUCUGUCCUCCCCUCGUUACCUGUAUUAAUGGCACCUGUUUGAACUUGUUAUCAGUAUAAAAGACACCUGUCCACAACCUCAAACAGUCACACUCCAAACUCCACUAUGGCCAAGACCAAAGAGCUGUCAAAGGACACCAGAAACAAAAUUGUAGACCUGCACCAGGCUGGGAAGACUGAAUCUGCAAUAGGUAAGCAGCUUGGUUUGAAGAAAUCAACUGUGGGAGCAAUUAUUAGGAAAUGGAAGACAUACAACACCACUGAUAAUCUCCCUCGAUCUGGGGCUCCACGCAAAAUCUCACCCCGUGCGGUCAAAAUGAUCACAAGAACGGUGAGCAAAAAUCCCAGAACCACACGGGGGGACCUAGUGAAUGACCUGCAGAGAGCUGGGACCAAAGUAACAAAGCCUACCAUCAGUAACACACUACGCCGCCAGGGACUCAAAUCCUGCUUAAGCCAGUACAUGUCCAGGCCCAUCUGAAGUUUGCUAGAGUGCAUUUGGAUGAUCCAGAAGAGGAUUGGGAGAAUGUCAUAUGGUCAGAUGAAACCAAAAUAGAACUUUUUGGUAAAAACUCAACUCGUCGUGUUUGGAGUACAAAGAAUGCUGAGUUGCAUCCAAAGAACACCAUACCUACUGUGAAGCAUGGAGGUGGAAACAUCAUGCUUUUGGGCUGUUUUUCUGCAAAGGGACCAGGACGACUGAUCCGUGUAAAGGAAAGAAUGAAUGGGGCCAUGUAUCGUGAGAUUUUGAGUGAAAACCUCCUUCCAUCAGCAAGGGCAUUGAAGAUGAAACGUGGCUGGGUCUUUCAGCAUGACAAUGAUCCCAAACACACCGCCCGGGCAACGAAGGAGUGGCUUCGUAAGAAGCAUUUCAAGGUCCUGGAGUGGCCUAGCCAGUCUCCAGAUCUCAACCCCAUAGAAAAUCUUUGGAGGGAGUUGAAAAUCCGUGUUGCCCAGCGACAGCCCCAAAACAUCACUGCUCUAGAGGAGAUCUGCAUGGAGGAAUGGGCCAAAAUACCAGCAACAGUGUGUGAAAACCUUGUGAAGACUUACAGAAAACGUUUGACCUGUGUCAUUGCCAACAAAGGGUAUAUAUCAAAGUAUUGAGAAACUUUUGUUAUUGACCAAAUACUUAUUUUCCACCAUAAUUUGCAAAUAAAUUCAUUAAAAAUCCUACAAUGUGAUUUUCUGGAAUUUCUUUUCUCAUUUUGUCUGUCAUAGUUGACGUGUACCUAUGAUGAAAAUUACAGGACUCUCUCAUCUUUUUAAGUGGGAGAACUUGCACAAUUGGUGGCUGACUAAAUACUUUUUUUCCCCACUGUAAUAAUACAUGAACUGUGUCUCCUCUCCAUAUUGACAGGCAAGUUGACAAAGUGUAGUCAACUUUGUUUUUAGGGCAGAACAUAUCUGAUUGGUUUCUAAAAGGUCAAUGGGCGGAGUUUAACAGAUGCACAACUAUUGAAAACAUGGUGGCGGUUUGAACUGAGAAUCUUGUAAAUAAAACUUUUAGUUACAAGUCGUAACGUUUUCAAAUCAUUUUUGUGUUACAAUAGUCAGAUAAAUGUGACAAUAUCUCUAAGAUACAACUGGUCUCCUGACUUGAAGCAAAGAGUCAAAUGUAGCAAGCUACAAACAACAUGCUAAUCAGAGCAAGCUAGCUAUCAGAUUAUUUUGCCCUUAGAACAAAAGUUGACUACACUUUAUGUCAAUCUUCUAUUGGCAAGACAGACCAAAGGUAGCGUUCUUCACUGCUCUGACUGGUACUGUAGGACCAAUCAGCAGUCAUACUACUCUGACCUACAGCAAAGUCUUCACAAACAUCGGAAAGGCUUACAAUAACAUUACAGGUACCACAUUGUGUAUCCAUUUAAAAUAUUUGAUGAUUAUUUAAUUAUAGCAUACUGUAUAUACUGUACAUAUGAAUGAAUAUACAAUAUGAUUUUUUUGUCAUACAGGUAUCUUCACAGCACCAGUAAAAGGAGUCUACUACUUUAGAUUCACUGCCUGUGGUAUCAUGGAUACAUGGAUGGGUGUAUACUUGUAUAAGAAUGACCAGAGAGUAAUGGUCACAUAUGAAAAUGUUGAUGCUGAUGGGAAUUGGGAGUAUGCAUCUAAUGCAGCUGUCCUUGAGUUAGAGGAAGGAGAUGUCGUCUGUAUGCGUCUCCCUUCCAGCGCCAGGCUGUAUGAUGAUUACUCAAAUCACUGUAAUACCUUCAGUGGCUUUCUGCUCUUCACCAUGUAAAUUAUGUCAUGUUGAACAGAAUGUGAGUGUUAGCAAGUGUUUUGCCCUGCUAUCAUUAAAAACAUUCAUUAAGUAUGUACUCUAUGUCUGUCAUUACUGAGUGCUUACAGCAGUAUAAAGUAAUCUACCAAUAUGAAAUUAGCAAUAAUGACCAAGUUGACUGGUGCAUCACUAACAAGUCUGAGGUCAUAGAAUGUCCUACUAGAUAGACCAACCAGCAUGUUAAGUCUCUAGACUAGAACUGUAUGUACAUGAACCAGUGGUUCUGUUGUAUUUUUGGUACUCUAUAAUUACCGGUUCUCUCACAAUAACUUCACAACAUAUCUCCCUAUGAACAAACUUGAUCAAGCACGCGUACACAUUUAAACCAUGUUUGAGAAAUUCAAUUUUUAUUAGUCCAGUUUAAAAGGGCAAUUUAGUACAAGACUAGGCUUAAAGGGACGACAUGAUGCCCACUGGAAGAUUUAAUUGGAAACGCUUAUUUUCAUCUAUAUAUUUUAAUACAAAACAUAGAAACCCGCUGUUUUCACAUUUGAUGUUGGGGUGGUGCUGGAGAUGAUGAAUAUGAGGUUGAAAAGUGGUGAAAUGUCCAUUUAACCGCUCCAGUAUGUGCAACCGAACACUGAUGAGUUUUCGGACAUAAAUUAUAUUAUUUUAAACGGUGCUUAAAUGUGUGGAUGAGAGACCAACCAUGUUCAUUCCCACUAAUAAAUGCAUAAAAAGUUUACAAUGUCUCUGUCAUUUCUAUGUGCUUCCAGAUUGAUAUAUUGUAACAACCGCAUAUCCCCAGAUACCCAUACAUUACAGACACUGUAUUCCUCCAAAGAUCCACCGUCAUAGGAUGCCACCUUUCCAACAAGUCAGUUCAUCAAAUUUCUGCCCUGCUAGAGCUGCCCAGGUCAACUGUAAGUGCUGUUAUUGUGAAGUGGAAAUGUCUAGGAGCAACAACGGCUCGCUGGGAAGUGGUAGGCCACACAAGCUCACAGAACGGGACCGACGAGUGCCGAAGCACGUAGUGCGUAAAAAUCGUCUGUCCUCGGUUGCAACACUCACUACUGAGUUCCAAACUGCCUCUGGAAGCAACGUCAGCAGAAAAACUGUUUGUCGGGAGCUUCAUGAAAUGGGUUUCCAUGGCCGAGCAGCCGCACACAAGCCUAUGAUCACCAUGCGCAAUGCCAAGCGUUGGCUGUAGUGGUGUAAAGCUCGCCGCUAUUGGACUCUGGAGCAGUGGAAACUCGUUCUCUGGAGUGAUGAAUCACCCUUCACCGUCUGGCAGUCCGACGGACGAAUCUGGGUUUGGCGGAUGCCAGGAGAAUGCUACUGUGCCAACUGUAAAGUUUGGUGGAGAAGGAAUAAUUGUCUGGGGCUGUUUUACAUGGUUCGGGCUAGGCCCCUUAGUUCCAGUGAAGGGAAAUCUUAACGCUACAGUAUACAAUGACAUUCUAGACGAUUCUAUGCUUCCAACUUUGUGGCAACAGUUUGGGGAAGGCCCUUUCCUUUUUCAGCAUGACAAUGCCCCUGUGCACAAUGCGAGGUCCAUUCAGAAAUGGUUUGUCGAGAUCGGUGUGGAAGACCUUGACUGGCCUGCACAGUGCCCUGACCUCAACCCCAUCGAACACCUUUGGGAUUAAUUGGAACGCCGACUGCGAGCCAGGCCUAAUCGCCAAACAUCAGUGCCCGACCUCACUAAUGCUCUUCUGGCUGAAUGGAAGCAAGUCCCCGCAGCAAUGCUAUAACAGUGGAGGCUGUUAUAGCAGCAAAGGGGGGACCAACUCCAUAUUAAUGCCCAUGAUUUUGGAAUGAGAUGUUUGACGAGCAGGUAUCCACAUACUUUUGGUCAUGUAGUGUACAUUAGAAGGUGUGAGUGUUGUCAGAAUGAGGGCUUCUGUAGUUCCACUGGUGUUGCUGCUGUGUGUGUCUGGGGCAUCAUGGGCUCAGGGAGAGAGGGAGGAGGGGAGUGAAGUUCACUAUGAGAGUCAGAAGACCAAAACUUCAGACACACAGACCACCACCCAACCUGACAUCUGGACUGAGCUGAAACACCUGAGAGACAUAGUGCACAACCUGGGAACCAUCAUGGUGGAACAGAGAGUGGAGCUGAGGAACAUGGAGGCCAGCCUGAAGACCAGUGAGAGUCAGGCGGUUGAUCUAAAAGUGGAGCUGAGCGUCACCAAGACUGAACUACAGUUCACGAAGAACCAGAUGAAGGAGCAGAAGGGGGAGAAUGAAGGUUACUCCAACAGGUAGUGAAUUUAUGUUAGCCAUUGAAGCCAGAUGGAUGAGCAGAGAGAGGAACAAUAGACAAUCAACCUGACAACCUUCUACAAGAGACAGACAACCUGACAACCUUCUACAAGAGACAAACAACCUGACAACCUUCUACAAGAGACAAACAACCUGACAACCUUCCACAAGAGACAAACUACCUAACAACCUACAAGAGACAAACAACCUGACAACCUUCUAAAAGAGACAAACAACCUGGCAACCUUCUACAAGAAACAAACAACCUGAUAAUCUUCUACAAGAGACAAACAACCUGGCAACCUUCUACAACAGAGAAACAACCUGACAUCCUUCUAAAAGAGACAAACAACCAGACAACCUUCUACAAGAGACAGACAACCUGACAAUCUUCUACAAGAGACAAACAACCUGACAACCUUCUACAAGAGAGAAAUAACCUGACAACCUUCUACAAGAGACAAACAACCUGACAACCUUCUACAAGAGACAAACAACCUGACAACCUUUUACAAGAGACAAACAACCUGACAACCUUCUACAAAAGACAGACAACCUGACAACUUUCUAAAAGAGACAAACAACCUGACAACCUUCUAAAAGAGACAAACAACCUGACAUCCGUCUACAAGAGAGAAACUACCUGACAUCCUUCUAGAAGAGACAAACAUCCUGACAACCUUCUACAAGAGACAGACAACCUGACAACCUUCUACAAGAGACAAACAACCUGACAACCUUCUACAAGAGAUAGACAACCUGACAUCCUUCUACAAGAGAGAAACAACCUGACAUCCUUCUACAAGAGACAAACAACCUGACAACCUUCUACAAGAGACAAACAACCUGACAACCUUCUACAAGAGAGAAACAACCUGACAUCCUUCUACAAGAGACAAACAACCUGACAACCUUCUACAAGAGACAGACAACCUGACAACCUUCUAAAAGAGACAAACAACCUGACAACCUUCUACAAGAGACAAACAACCUGACAACCUUCUACAAGAGACAAACUACCUAACAACCUACAAUAGACAGACAACCUGACAACCUUCUACAAGAGACAAACAACCUGGCAACCUUCUACAAGAAACAAACAACCUGACAACCUUCUAAACGAGACAAACAACCUGACAACCUUCUACAAGAGACAGACAACCUGACAACCUUCUACAAGAGACAAACAACCUGACAACCUUCUAAAAGAGACAAACAUCCUGACAAACUUCUACAAGAGACAGACAACCUGACAACCUUCUACAAGAGACAAACAACCUGACAACCUUCUACAAGAGACAGACAACCUGACAACCUUCUAAAAGAGACAAACAACCUGACAUCCUUCUACAAGAGACAGACAACCUGACAUCCUUCUACAAGAGACAGACAACCUGACAACCUUCUACAAGAGAGAAACAACCUGACAUCCUUCUACAAGAGACAGACAACCUGACAACUUUCUAUAAGAGACAGACAAGCUGACAACCUUCUACAAGAGACAAACAACCUGACAACCUUCUAAGAGAGACAAACAUCCUGACAACCUUCUACAAGAGACAGACAACCUGACAACCUUUUACAAGCGACAGACAACCUGACAACCUUCUACAAGAGAGAAACAACCUGACAUCCUUCUACAAGAGACAGACAACCUGACAACCUUCUAUAAGAGACAGACAAGCUGACAACCUUCUACAAGAGAGAAACAACCUGACAUCCUUCUACAAGAGACAAACAACCUGACAACUUCUACAAGAGACAGACAACCUGACAACCUUCUAAAAGAGACAAACAACCUGACAACCUUCUAAAAGAGAGAAACUACCUGACAUCCUUCUACAAGAGACAGACAACCUGACCACCUUCUACAAGAGACAAACAACCUGACAACCUUCUACAAGAGAGAAACAACCUGACAUCCUUCUACAAGAGACAGACAACCUGACAACCUUCUAUAAGAGACCGACAAGCUGACAACCUUCUACAAGAGACAAACAACCUGACAACCUUCUAAGAGAGACAAACAUCCUGACAACCUUCUACAAGAGACAGACAACCUGACAACCUUUUACAAGCGACAGACAACCUGACAACCUUCUACAAGAGACAAACAACCUGACAACCUUCUACAAGAGACAGACAACCUGACAACCUUCUACAAGAGACAUACAACCUGACAACCUUUUACAAGAGACAAACAACCUGACAACCUUCUACAAAAGACAGACAACCUGACAACUUUCUAAAAGAGACAAACAACCUGACAACCUUCUAAAAGAGACAAACAACCUGACAUCCUUCUACAAGAGAGAAACUACCUGACAUCCUUCUAGAAGAGACAAACAUCCUGACAACCUUCUACAAGAGACAGACAACCUGACAACCUUCUACAAGAGACAAACAACCUGACAACCUUCUACAAGAGAUAGACAACCUGACAUCCUUCUACAAGAGAGAAACAACCUGACAUCCUUCUACAAGAGACAAACAACCUGACAACCUUCUACAAGAGACAAACAACCUGACAACCUUCCACAAGAGACAAACACCUAACAACCUACAAGAGACAAACAACCUGACAACCUUCUAAAAGAGACAAACAACCUGGCAACCUUCUACAAGAAACAAACAACCUGAUAAUCUUCUACAAGAGACAAACAACCUGCCAACCUUCUACAACAGAGAAACAACCUGACAUCCUUCUACAAGAGACAAACAACCUGACAACCUUUUACAAGAGACAGACAACCUGACAACCUUCUACAAGAGAGAAACAUCCUGACAACCUUCUACAAGAGACAGACAACCUGACAACCUUCUAAAAGAGACAAACAACCAGACAACCUUCUACAAGAGACAGACAACCUGACAAUCUUCUACAAGAGACAAACAACCUGACAACCUUCUACAAGAGAGAAACAACCUGACAACCUUCUACAAGACACAAACAACCUGACAACCUUCUACAAAAGACAGACAACCUGACAACCUUCUACAAGAGAGAAACAACCUGACAACCUUCUACAAGACACAAACAUCCUGACAACCUUCUACAAGAGACAGACAACCUGACAACCUUCUAAAAGAGACAAACAACCUGACAACCUUUUACAAGAGACAGACAACCUGACAACCUUCUAAAAGAGACAAACAACCUGACAUCCUUCUACAAGAGAGAAACUACCUGACAUCCUUCUAGAAGAGACAAACAUCCUGACAACCUUCUACAAGAGACAGACAACCUGACAACCUUCUACAAGAGACAAACAACCUGACAACCUUCUACAAGAGAUAGACAACCUGACAUCCUUCUACAAGAGAGAAACAACCUGACAUCCUUCUACAAGAGACAAACAACCUGACAACCUUCUACAAGAGACAGACAACCUGACAACCUUCUAAAAGAGACAAACAACCUGACAACCUUCUACAAGAGACAAACAACCUGACAACCUUCUACAAAAGACAAACUACCUAACAACCUACAAUAGACAGACAACCUGACAACCUUCUACAAGAGACAAACAACCUGGCAACCUUCUACAAGAAACAAACAACCUGACAACCUUCUAAAAGAGACAAACAACCUGACAACCUUCUACAAGAGACAGACAACCUGACAACCUUCUACAAGAGACAAACAACCUGACAACCUUCUAAAAGAGACAAACAUCCUGACAAACUUCUACAAGAGAGAAACAACCUGACAUCCUUCUACAAGAGACAGACAACCUGACAACCUUCUAUAAGAGACAGACAAGCUGACAACCUUCUACAAGAGACAAACAACCUGACAACCUUCUAAGAGAGACAAACGUCCUGACAACCUUCUACAAGAGACAGACAACCUGACAACCUUUUACAAGCGACAGACAACCUGACAACCUUCUACAAGAGAGAAACAACCUGACAUCCUUCUACAAGAGACAGACAACCUGACAACCUUCUAUAAGAGACAGACAAGCUGACAACCUUCUACAAGAGAGAAACAACCUGACAUCCUUCUACAAGAGACAGACAACCUGACAACCUUCUAUAAGAGACAGACAAGCUGACAACCUUCUACAAGAGAGAAACAACCUGACAUCCUUCUACAAGAGACAGACAACCUGACAACCUUCUAUAAGAGACAGACAAGCUGACAACCUUCUACAAGAGAGAAACAACCUGACAUCCUUCUACAAGAGACAAACAACCUGACAACCUUCUACAAGAGACAGACAACCUGACAACCUUCUAAAAGAGACAAACAAGCUGACAACCUUCUACAAGAGAGAAACAACCUGACAUCCUUCUACAAGAGACAGACAACCUGACAACCUUCUAUAAGAGACAGACAAGCUGACAACCUUCUACAAGAGAGAAACAACCUGACAUCCUUCUACAAGAGACAAACAACCUGACAACCUUCUAAAAGAGACAGACAACCUGACAACCUUUUACAAGCGACAGACAACCUGACAACCUUCUACAAGAGACAAACAACCUGACAACCUUCUACAAGAGACAGACAACCUGACAACCUUUUUCAAGAGACAGACAACCUGACAACCUUCUACAAGAGACAAACAACCUGACAACCUUCUACAAGAGACAGACAACCUGACAACCUUCUACAAGAGGCAAAUAACCUGACAACCUUCUACAAGAGACAGAUAACUUGAAGCCAGUAAAUAAAGCUGUCAAAUUAGUAGUAACAUUGUUUAUCCUUUGUUUUUACUUAUUUCAACAUGUCCAGCACAAGCAGCAGAGCUGACAACCAGUGAGACCAGACAGACAACCAGUGAGACUGACAACCAGUGAGAAAGAAGUGGAGGAACUAAAGAGAGAGAACACAGGUUGUAAUACAUAAUGUACAUACUGUAUGUUAGCUUUGAGAUAGAAAUCCAAACAUAUCUCAUAUUCUUAUUGGUUUUUAAUAUUACAAUUCCAGUACUAGCAGCAGAGCUUUCAACCAUGGAGGCCAGACUGACAACCACUGAGAAAGAGGUAGAGGAACUGAAGAGAGUCCCAAAUGGUUGUCUGUAUUCUAUUAAAACAAAGUAGAAUAAAAAAUGUAAACUGUUCUCAAACCAAAGUUGCUAAAUAAAAAAUUUGUGAUUUGGCAUCAUAUAAUAAGAUACUAUAUAUGCAAUAAUAAUAAGAUGUUUGCUUGAUUGUUGUAAUUGCUCAUCCAUAUUUAAAGACUGACCAAAGGUAGCGUUCUCCACUGCUCUGACUGGUAUUGUAGGACCCAUCAGCAGUGACACUACUCUGACCUAUAGCAAAGUCUUCACGAACAUUGACAGGGCUUACAUCAACAUUACAGGUAGUACUGCAUUGUGUAUCCUUUGCAAAUAUUUGAUGACUAUUUCAUAAAUAUAAACGCAACAUGUAAAGUGUUGGUCCCAUGUUUCAUGAGCUGAAAUAAAAUAUCCCAGAAUGUUUCCAUAUGCACAAAAAGCUUAUUUCUCUCAAAUGUUGUGCACAAAUUUGUUUACAUCUCUGUCAGUGAACAUUUCUCCUUUGCCAAGAUAAUCCAUCCACCUGACAGGUGUGGCAUAUCAAGAAGCUGAUUAAACAGCAUGAUCAUUACACAGGUGCACCUUGUGCUGGGGACAAUAAAAGCCACCCUAAAAUGUUCAGUUUUGUCACACAACACAAUGGCAUGGAUGUCUCAAGUUUUGAGGGAGCGCACAAUUGGCAUGCUGACUGCAGGAAUGUCCACCAGAGCUGUUGCCAGAGAAAUUAAUGUUAAUUUCUCUACCAUAAGCCACCUCCAACGUUGUUUUAGAGAAUUUGGCAGUACGUCAAACCGGCCUCAAUAACCACAGACCACGUGUAACCACGUCAGCCCAGGACCUCCACAUCCGGCUUCUUCACCUGUGGGAUUGUCUAAGACCAGCCACCUGGACAGCUGAUGAAACUGAGGAGUAUUUAUGUCUGUAAUAAAGCCCUUUUGUGGGGAAAAACUCAUUCUGAUUGGCUGGGCCGGGUUCCCAAGUGGGUGGGCCUGGCUCCCAAGUGGGUGGGCCUGUCUCUCAAGUGGGUGGGCCAGGCCUACCCAUGGCUGCGCUCCUGCCCAGUCAUGUGAAAUCCAUAGAUUAGGGCCUAAUGAAUUUAUUUCAAUUGACUGAUUUCCUUAUAUGAACUGUAACUCAGUAAAAUAGUUGAAAUUGUUGCAUGUUGCAUUUAUAUUUUUGUUCAGUAUAUAUACACAUAUGAAUGAAUAUAUAAUAUAAUGUUUUUGUCAUACAGGUAUCUUCACAGCACCAGUGAGAGAGGAGUCUACUACUUUAGAUUCACUGCAUGUGGUAUCAUGGAUGGGUGUAUACUUGACCAGAGAGUAAUGGUCACAUAUGAAAAUGUUGAUGCUGAUGGGAAUUGGGAGUAUGCAUCUAAUGCAGCUGUCCUUGAGUUAGAGGAAGGAGAUGUCGUCUACAUGCAUCUACCUGGAAACUGCAGGCUGUAUGAUGAUUCAAACAACCGUAACAUCUUCAGUGGCUUCAUGCUCUUCACCAUG